CCUGACUGACACGGGGGAAGAGAGCGCUAGAGAACAGUGUAAUCUAAAUUUCCCCUUUGGCAAUACAUGCUGAUUGGGUCCCAAAAGCAAGCUGCUUUAAACUUUUAAUAUUUGACUCCUGUGUUCUGCCUUGACUGGUCGCGAAGGGCUGUCUCUGAAGAAGCUACAUUCAGACAAGAGAAAAGAUUUCGUCUGCAUUGAGAUUUUUUUUCCAUUACAAGCGUGUGUGUGCGCGCGCGUGUGUGCGUGCGUGUGUCUGAGGGGAAAAUGUUUUCCGAAACUUUUUCAAGGAUGAUCUACCUUGGAUGUUUCCUGUUUCUUUGUGGGCUUACGCAUGUCAUGGCAAGUUAUCCUAUCUGGUGGUCUCUCGCUGUGGGCCACCAAUACUCUUCUCUGGGUACCCAGCCCAUCCUGUGUGGCUCCAUCCCUGGCCUGGUGCCCAAGCAGCUACGCUUCUGCCGCAACUACGUGGAGAUCAUGCCCAGCGUGGCAGAAGGCGUCAAGAUCGGCAUCCAGGAGUGCCAGCAUCAGUUCCGGGGGCGGCGCUGGAACUGCACCACCAUCAACGACAACCUGGCCAUCUUCGGGCCCGUGUUGGACAAAGCCACGCGGGAGUCGGCCUUCGUGCACGCCAUUGCCUCGGCCGGCGUGGCCUUUGCCGUGACGCGUUCCUGCGCCGAGGGCUCAGCCACCAUCUGCGGCUGCGACACGCGGCACAAGGGCCCCCCCGGGGAGGGCUGGAAGUGGGGCGGCUGCAGCGAGGAUGUUGAGUUCGGCAGCAUGGUGUCCCGGGAGUUUGCCGACGCACGGGAGAACCGGCCUGACGCCCGCUCCGCUAUGAAUCGCCAUAACAACGAGGCUGGCCGCACGUCCAUCAGCGACCACAUGCACCUGAAGUGUAAGUGCCACGGGCUGUCGGGCAGCUGCGAGGUGAAGACCUGCUGGUGGUCCCAGCCGGACUUCCGGGUCAUCGGCGACUACCUGAAGGACAAGUAUGACAGCGCCUCUGAGAUGGUGGUGGAGAAGCACCGCGAGUCCCGGGGUUGGGUGGAGACACUGCGACCCAAGUACGCCUACUUCAAGCCGCCCACCGAACGGGACCUGGUCUAUUACGAGAGUUCGCCCAACUUCUGCGAGCCCAAUCCAGAGACUGGAUCCUUUGGGACGCGGGACCGUGCCUGCAACCUGACGUCGCAUGGCAUCGACGGCUGCGACCUGCUGUGCUGCGGCCGUGGACACAACACGCGCACCGAGAGGCGCAAGGAGAAGUGCCACUGCAUCUUCCACUGGUGCUGCUACGUCAGCUGCCAGGAGUGCGUGCGGAUCUACGACGUGCACACCUGCAAGUAGGGUUGCCCUCGCAGGCAGGCCCGUUUCACCAGGGGGAGGGAGGGGGUGAGGGAAAAGGGGAAAUGACCCACACAAGCUUUCCAAGCUCGGGUUGAUGGUCACCUGCAGUGAGGAGGAGAAGUAAGAUCUUUUUGUUUUGGCCAAACUGUUGGCCAUCAAGUGGCUUCACGGACUUUAUUGACCCAGAUGAUGGCCGUUCGUCAUCCGUGGGGCACCGUGGGGGGUGAGUCAGCCUCUUUCCUGGGGUGACCACAUUGUUCAGGCUGCAAGCCCUGUGGGCACGAUCUCUGUGGAGCAUCAGUCGAUACUCAUGACCACAGCAAGGGAGGUAUGGCGGCUACUCAAUCAAGGAUCUGAGGGCUCAAUCCAUUAGGAGCGGGAGUGCAGCAUGGCGUAAAUUGCAAAUGAGACUACAAGACAAGGGUUUUGAGAGAGUCUUAAAAACAUACUUUUUUUUGUGACACAUGGUGUGAUUUCAUGUGAGGAAAACUGCCUGAGGAGGUCUCCAUGAAUCCCAGGUUGCAGCAGCAUGCCCAAAUACCCGCAAACCUUCUUCCCUCUACCUGGAAGAGUCCAUUUCCCAGUGAGUUUCAGUGAAGUCCCAAUUGCUCUUAACUUCCACUGCCCUCUGAAAGCUUCUUUGCUUCAUAUUAGUUGACUUGAAUGCCGGUACGUUCACAUCAAACAUUAUUUUUUGCAACUUCUUCCUCCCACAUCAAAAGCACACGUUUAUUUUAAUUUUUUUUUAACAUUAUAUUUUCAAUAUGUAAGUGUUAUCCAGUAUUGAGAUUGAAUGGAUGUUGUGUAUAUAUAAAACAUAGUGUUAACCAGCUACUAACAUUUGGGUACGAAUGCACUUGCACCUGUGUGAAUGUAUUGUUGUGGUGUUUUAAAGUUUUGUUUUGUUCUCCAUUCUUUAAAAUUCUCACCUUUGUUCUGAUCAGUUCCUGGCAUGCUUACCUCGCUCUGCCGAAACCCAUAAGUUUUUUGGUUGUAGUUUGUAACUGACCACAACCGCAUUUAUAAAACAAAGUUCAGAUUUAAUCAGCUGGGCCAAACAUUUGUUAUGUGCUUAAAUCUUGAGGAUAGCUGCAUUUUUUUUUCACAUGUUUUAUCAAACUGUUUGGUGACAGAACAACCGACAAGGGCGUCAGGCAAACGAAACGAGAUUUGAAAAGUCAGCACUUCUGCGGAUGGAUGGUGGUCUUUACUUUGUUGCUAAGGAAACAGUGGCGGCAGCGCCUCCUGCAGGUGGGCCCAGGUACCCAUCCCCUUCCCAGGAGAUGUGUGAGUCAUAAGGGGGUCUUAUCCUGUGGGCUGAAGCAGAAGGCAAAAGGUUUGCAAAGAGGCAGGGUUCCAUUGGGGGACUGCUAUUGGGGGCGCACAGUGUGCGUCUCGUUUGCCGUUCCUGAUCGCUCGCAGCACUUUUUAUAAUCAGUUCCUCUCUGACACAGCAACUGUCCUGAAAUUUGGGGAUUAAACAAAAACAUGUAACUGCAUCCAUCACCGAAAGCGGUGGCUUCUGGCCCUUGUCUCUCUUUUGCUCUCUCGCCCUUCACUAAUUCAGCUAAUUUAGCACGAACCGCAGGCCUGCACCUCUUCAGGCAUAGAUGGCAGGAUCAGAACCAGAACGCAAAAUCUGGGUCAUCGGCUUCGACGGGUUUUCAGUUUGGAGAAAAAAUAAAGACCCUCUGCGCGAGACUUGUUAUAAAGCGCCAUCCUGGAGCCUGACCAGACUUGCAGGUGACAGCCUGGGCCGUGAGGCAAAGAUAACCACAUGGAGGCGUGGCUAUCCAAUGACGACACCUUCCCCUUCGUUUGCUGCUACACCACAUGGAGGCGUGGCUAUCCAAUGACGACACCUUCCCCUUCGUUUGCUGCUACACCACAUGGAGGCGUGGCUAUCCAAUGACGACACCUUCCCCUUCGUUUGCUGCUACACCACAUGGAGGCGUGGCUAUCCAAUGACGACACCUUCCCCUUCGUUUGCUGCUACACCACAUGGAGGCGUGGCUAUCCAAUGACGACACCUUCCCCUUCGUUUGCUGCUACACCACAUGGAGGCGUGGCUAUCCAAUGACGACACCUUCACCUUCGUUUGCUGCUACACCACAUGGAGGCGUGGCUAUCCAAU